UGUUAGUCAGUUAUUGACAUUGUAUUUUGUUGUUUAGUAUGUUUGACUGACUAUGUUUAUCUAUUGAAAUAAACUACUCUUGUUAUUUAUAAUUUAAUCGAGUACAUUGGUGGAUUUUAACAUUAUUUUUAAGUGAAUUUAAAAUUGUAUCGGGGAGUAAUUUGUAACGAAGUUUUACAUAACAUUGUAGGAACUAUUGAAAUGGCUGACGAUUUCUUGGCAGAAAACAACAACUGUGGGCAAACUUUGCUCCAUUUAGUGUCUCGUGGAAAUGCUAUCAUCGCAGAGCUCCUGAGGCUAAAGGAUUACAUUCCACCAGUUUUUAAAUUUGAUACGAAACAAGACCAACAAAAGUAUUCUGGUUUGAUACUAGACUUUGCUUACUUCAAGGCUCCAGAUGAGAUUGAUAAGAAGAUAGCAGCCUGGUAAAUUCUCCAAGAUUUGGAUGAAGAACUCAGAGAGAACCACAUAGAUCUUCUGACAAGAUUUUAUGUGGCUUUUGAGAACAUCCAGAAGUUUGCCACUGACAUUAACAGUUAUAUCGAAGACUUGGAAGAUGGAGUCUACAUUCAGCAAACGUUGGAGAGUGUAUUCAUCAGUGAAGAUGGAAGACAACUUCUGUGUGAAGCAGUUUACCUGUUCGGCGUUAUGUUGUUGGUGGUUGACCUUCAUAUUCCAGGCGAUAUCAGAGAGCGAAUGCUCGUCUCUUACUACAGAUACAGUGCCCAGAGGACCAAUGCUGGCAGCAAUGUGGAUGACGUGUGUAAGCUAUUGCGUUCUACCGGCCUGAUGCCAGGGAAGAGGCCACCGAAUUACCCAGAGGAUUAUUUCAGGCGCACACCUCUAAAGGAGAAUCUGGUAGACAUAGUGAUCGGACGGCUACGUUCGGACGAUGUGUACAACCAGAUCGCUGCGUACCCGUUCCCUGAGCACCGCAGCACUGCUCUGGCUGCGCAAGCCGCCAUGUUGUAUGUCUGUCUGUUCUUCCAGCCUCAGACGUUACAUAACCAGACCGCCAAGAUGAGGAAUAUUGUGGACAAAUACUUCCCUGACAACUGGGUGGUUAGUGUGUACAUGGGAAUGACUGUGAACUUGGUGGACUCAUGGGAACCAUACAAGGCUGCUAAGAGUGCUCUAAAAAACACUCUUGAACCAUCCAACAUCAAGGAACAAUCUACUUAUCAUACAAACAAGCUUGUGAAGCUGAUCAUGGAGACGCAACAGCUCCUGAAAGAAGGAUCACUAGUCCGUGACAACAUCCUGGACCAUGUGAACAAAGUCAUCAAUCUGAUCAGAGAGUGCAAUGUCACCCUACGAUGGCUCAUACUUCACACUGCAGCGAAUCAUUCAGUUGCGGAAGUUAGCAAGAGAAGUAAGCAAGUUAGAGACCAAGUGUUGGUGGACGUCAAACACCCGCCGAUAAUGAUCUUCAAGCUCCUGCUGAAUACCGCAGAACUUGAGUUGAAAGUCAAGGAUCUAUUUAAGACUUUACUUACGGAACGGGAGGAGAAAUGGGUGAAAUACAAGAAAGAAGCUGAGGAAAGGAUGGCAGAACUUGCCGAAGUGUUCUCUGGCACCAAACCUCUCACAAGGGUGGAUAAAAAUGAAAACCUUCAGAAGUGGUUUGUUGACAUGGGGAAGCAAAUAAACUCUCUGAAAAUUGAUGAGCCUACCACCUCAGGCCGCAAGAUUGUCCAGCUUAUUCAGGCCUUAGACGAAGUUCAAGAGUUCCACCAACUGAACCACAAUCUGCAAGUAAGGCAGUUCCUCCAAGACACAAGGAACUUCCUCCAUCAGAUGGUUCGUGGAGUGAACGUUAAAGAGCAGGUGCUGAUAGAUCUUCAGAUCGUGGGGGACAUCAGCUAUGGCUGGGAACUUAUUGAUAGCUUCACAGACCUCAUGCAGUCUGGCAUCAAGAGCGAUCCUGGCAUGGUGACCAAACUGAGGGCAACUUUCCUGAAGUUGUCGUCUGCCAUGGAGAUUCCCCUGCUGAGGAUCAACCAGGCGUCGUCAUCUGACUUAGUAUCUGUGUCCCGCUACUACAGCCACGAACUGGUUGGCUACGUGCGGAAAGUUCUGCACAUCAUCCCGGAGAGUAUGUUUGGACUGAUGGCUCGGAUAGUGUUCCUGCAGACCUCUGUCAUAAAGGAGGUACCAACACGGCUGGACAAGGAUCGGCUCAAGGAGUUCGCUCAGCUGGACCAACGCAUGGAGGUAGCCAAACUGACCCACAGGGUUUCUGUGUUCACGGAGGGAGUGCUGCGGAUGAAGAGCACGCUCGUGGGAAUCAUAAGAAUCGACCCGAGGCAGCUCCUGGAAGACGGCAUCCGCAAAGAGUUGGUUCGCCACAUCGCUCUCGCUCUACACAAUGGCCUCACAUUCAAUCCUAAGGCUAAGGUGAGUGAGUUGGGGGACAAGCUGACUGCUCUGGGUGCCAUCAUGGAUGGUCACCGACGAUCUUUUGAGUACAUCCAGGACUAUGUUGGGAUCUACGGGCUCAAGAUAUGGCAGGAAGAGUUGUGUCGAGUGAUCGGCUUCAACGUAGACAUGGAGUGUAACAGUUUCCUGAGGGUGAAGGUCCUCCCUUGGCAGAGUGUCCACCAGAACAAGGCCAUCCCUGUACCUCAGUUCACACCUACUGACACUCAGUCCAUCACCUUCGUGGGCAGGUUGGCUCGCGAGCUCAUCCGCAUCACAGAUCCCAAGACCACCAUCUACGUAAUGACUGCGACAUCAUGGUUCGACCAAAAAACACAACGGCAGGUGGCCGACCUUGGGCUCUUCACCAAAAUAUCAUCAGCUGUUGGGAUCUCAGGCAUCACAGGACUGGACAGGCUCAUCUCUUUCAUGAUAGUCACCGAACUACAGAAUUUCCUUUCAUCACUACAGAGGGGAGUUCUCAAAGACAAGAACUGGUUGGAGCUAUUUGGGUCCGUUGCUAAAGGAUUGAGCCCAAAUGAUCAAAAUGUUGCCAAUCCCGGCCGGGUGUAUCCCCAGUGGACGAACAGAGCACAGAAGGUGUGGCCGCAGGUUAUGGAGACUGUACUGAAGGUGGGGCAGCUCCAGUUGUUACGGAGGCACAUCUUCUUCGAACUGCGCACCAGCUGCAAGUUUGAGUCUAAAAACCUCUCAGCCACCUUGGAGAACAUGAAUCAAGUGUUGCUGAAUGAAAUUAGAGACCACUACAAGGACCCUGCAACCAAGCCUUAUCCCUCUGAAGACAGUCAGUUGCUACUUGAGGUAUCAACUUACCUCGACUGGGCAGGGAUUGGGAACCCAUUUGCCAAGAUCUACAUCACCACAAAGAAUCUCCAGUUCUUCUCUCUCUUCACUUUUCUGUUUGUCACUGCACAACUAGGCCGGUUGCAGUAUUCCAAAAACUAUGGAACUUUGGUAUGGAAGAAGGUCGGGGACCCUCUGGAUGGUCUGCCGUUUGUAGUGGGACUGCAGACACUGUUCCGUCAGUUCCAUCCGGAGAUACGGAACCAGUUCCUGAUCUACAUGGCUCAGUAUGUCAAGUCUCAUCUAGAAGCUGCUGUCUCGGGUUCUGGCAAGACUGAGUUUCCACCUGAAGUAGUCAACGCUCUCUACUUCCUCAUCAUCUUCGCUGAUAUCUCUGGUCUGCCUCAGUCUGCACUCACAGAGCACAUCCCUGCCCCCAUCAUCAACCUGUUCCCCCACUUCGUCUCUAGCUAGAGUCGACACAGAACCAACUGUAUGGAUACCUGAAGACUGAGUUUCCACCUGAGGUGGUCAACGCUCUCUACUUCUUCAUCAUCUUCGCUGAUAUCUCUGGUCUGCCUCAGUCUGCACUCACAGAGCACAUCCCUGCCCCCAUCAUCAACCUGUUCCCUCACUUCGUCUCUAGCUAGAGUCGACACAGAACCAACUGUAUGGAUACCUGAUGACUGAGUUUCCACCUGAGGUGGUCAACGCUCUCUACUUCCUCAACAUCUUCGCUGAUAUCUCUGGUCUGCCUCAGUCUGCACUCACAGAGCACAUCCCUGCCCCCAUCAUCAACCUGUUCCCCCACUUCGUCUCUAGCUAGAGUCGACACAGAACCAACUGUAUGGAUACCUUAUGACUGAGUUUCCACCUGAGGUGGUCAACGCUCUCUACUUCUUCAUCAUCUUCGCUGAUAUCUCUGGUCUGCCUCAGUCUGCACUCACAGAGCACAUCCCUGCCCCCAUCAUCAACCUGUUCCCCACUUCGUCUCUAGCUAGAGUCGACACAGAACCAACUGUAUGGAGACCUGAAGACUGAGUUUCCACCUGAGGUGGUCAACGCUCUCUACUUCCUCAACAUCUUCGCUGAUAUCUCUGGUCUGCCUCAGUCUGCACUCACAGAGCACAUCCCUGCCCCCAUCAUCAACCUGUUCUCCCACUUCGUCUCUAGCUAGAGUCGACACAGAACCAAUUGUAUGGAGACCUGAAGACUGAGUUUCCACCUGAGGUGGUCAACACUCUCUACUUCCUUAUAAUCUUCACUGAUAUCUCUGGUCUGCCUUAGUCUGCACUCACAGUGCACAUCCCAACCCCAUCAUCAUCCUGUUCCCCACUUUAUUUCCAACUAGUGUUGAUACAGUACGGACUGCACAGAGACCUCAAGACUGAGUUUUUAGUCAAUACAUCAAAAUGAUCUUGAAUUUUCAAUGAUCCACAAUUUUGGAGGAAGAGUGUUUGAUUAGAAUGACUCAGGAGUCUGUAUUCACUAUCACAUUUGUAAAGUGCAUAGAAGUUAUGGAUCUAGGGUAAAAAUUGAGGUGAUAAAAAAACGAGUGUGAUUUACCUAGUGAAUGAUCAAUAUGGGUUUUUUACUCUGUGUGUGGUUUAUGCCAAAGACUGUUUGUUAUGUAAAUCAUGGAUAAGAAGAAAUAUUUGCGAUAUGUUUCAGAUACAUGUACAUCAAAUGUAAACAAUUUGUGUGUAAAAAUAACUGAAUAUAAUGCAUUUAGUAAGUUGUUGCUGGAAGAUCACGCAUAUAAGAGAGACUAUAUUAUAAUUUAUUAUCAUUGCAAUUUACUUAUACAAACUAAAAAAAGUUUCAUUAUAUACUUACAAUGGUAAGCAUUCCAGUAGUUUGGAUAUGGAUAUAAAUUGUGUCUACAAGGAAAUUGUAAUUGUAGGCUAAUAAAAGCUAUUCUUAGUGUUUUUGUAACCAAGUAUGUUUGUACAGUUCUUAAUCUAUUUUAAUGAAAAUGUGAUAUUUCUGUUAAUAAAAGUUUUAUACUGUUAAACAAUA